GGCGACGCAGUCAUGGGUGUGACCAUUGCGACAACCAUCAUAAGUCUCAUAGCUGUCAUAUCGCGACUGGCCACACGAUUGGGAAUCGUAAGGAACGCAGGCGUCGACGACAUCUUCAUAGGCAUCGCAUGGCUCUUCUCGGUCGCAACUACGGUCACUAUGGUUCUGCAGGUGAAGCACGGUAUGGGACGGCAUCAGUACGAUCUUUCUGAGCACGAUCAGCUGGCUCAGCUCAAGCCCUUUUGGGUGUCGGUCAUCGUUUACAACCUUUCCAUAUCAUCCGCGAAGUUCUCGAUCCUUUUCCAGUAUCUUCGCAUCUUCCCGCAACAACGAUUCCGUCAGGCUUGCUACACGCUUAUGGCCGUCGUUGGCAUUUACAGCUGUUGGACGUUCUUCAGCGCCGUCUUCGCAUGCUCACCUAUAUCAUUCUUCUGGAACCCUAUGCAAGAAGGCCACUGUUUGAACCGCUUUGCCGUCUGGUUCGCCAAUGCCGGCAUGAACAUUGUUACCGACGUUGCUACUGCGUUAUUGCCGCUUCCAGUGCUGAAGAGUCUGGAGCUGCCUCCGCGACAGAAGCAUGUACUACUGGUAAUCUUCGCUCUCGGCGGGUUCACCUGCAUUGUCUCCAUCCUUCGCCUCUACUCUCUCUACGUAAUCUCUGCCACAACAGAUAUCAGCUGGAACAACCCCCUCGCCGCAAUCUGGAGCAGCGUCGAAAUCAACACCGGCAUUCUCUGCUCCUGCCUUCCAACACUCAAGGGCUGCGUAACGAGGUUCUUCCCGAACCUCUUC